UGUGACUGUUGCUGUUUGGCAGCUAUGACAACGAACUUUGAAAGUUAGAUGAAUGGCCUCGAUGAUGAAGAAGAUAUCCUCCUCUAAAGUGCACCAAAAGUCUUUGAAAUGUACCGUAUACUUGGACAUUCAGGCUAUCACAUGUCCAGGAGUGUUUCUCUUUAAAAAGAACAACAUCUACCUCAGUGUGUGUAUCAUGGGCCAGUACAGGAAGACUCCCUGUUUGCCUCCUGUCUUCCCUCUACUCUUCCACCACAAGAUGGUCUUUGUCAAGACUUUCCGCGGCGUUGUUGACCCUGCUGAUGUAGCUGACCUCCUCGAAGCUGACACAACAUCUUUUGAGCUGAUUCAGUUGGUGCCUCCAGAAGGUGAGAUCCUAGCCACGAUGGAGGGAAGCAGCAGAGAUUUCCUGUACCCUGGUCCCAGACUGAGCUCUAGAGAAGGAGCUGCAGAGAGAGAAAUACUGAUGAAGAGGUCCCCCUCCUUUCCUGGAAUCUCCCCCAAAGUGGAGUUUGCCAUGACAUCAGUCAUAGAAGAGAGUGAUGGGAGAGACAGCUGGCCUGCCUCGCCUAGCUGCUGUCUCUCUCCAGUGAAGCCGUCUUUAACCUCAUCCAGACAGAGUUCAGCGAAAAAGUCUUCACCACCCAGCAGGCAUUUUUCCAGAAUAGAUGAUGGGAACCGUCUCUCUUUGAAAGGUGGAAAGGAAAAGCUAAACAUGGAGACCAACAGCACAAACUCUGCAGCAUCACCAUCAUCCAGACGUUCUCCUUCUUCAACCCCGUUUGGUUGCAGUCCCCGGAAAAACAAGAAGGAAAGAAAACAGGCUUAUCCUAGAGUUUCUGUAGACUGUGGCUACCAGCAGCCCACAGUAUCCUCAAGGACACGAGCCCUGUCUCCUUACACUCACCGAAAGAUGUGUCAGCUUUCAGAGGACGCCACGCAGAGGCUCAGCCACCUCCAGCUGGGGCCUCACCACUUCAAGAAGGAGACAGAGAGCCAGCCACCUUUCUUGGUCUCUCGUUGCAGUAGUAUCUCUGGGAUGGGAUUUGCUUCCUCCUCUCCCCACAAUGGUAGCAUGCAUCGAUGCUCUUUUAGCUUCUCAGCUGAUCAGACAGAUCCUUCUCUCCUGGGAAGUUACAGACCAAGAACGGCACAAGUGAAGUCAGGUUCUGUGGGGGUCCAGUCGUCUCCAGAGACACGGUCCGGACAUGAAGCCCCAACCAAAAGGCCUGUGAUAGGUUCUGGCCCUGCUCAAUCUACCCUGGUUAUGUCAAACUCCAGAAGUCCUCUGAAUCUCAGCAGCCAUUCCCUCAGAGAAAGGUUCCAGACCAGUCAACCCAGCCCAUCCCACUGGGAGGAGAUCCACAGACGAGUCCAAAGGAUCCUGCAGACCCACAGAACCACCUGGGACCACCGAGUGAGCUCUGACCUUUAACCUUCUGAUCUAAACAUAACCAAAUAAUUUGAAGCGACCGUGCAAAAACUUCUGUUAAACUAGUAACUCUUAAUAAUGCAUCUAUCACAAUCACAGUUUCUACAGGCUGCACAAACUGUUUAUUUGUACUGCCUUAUGUUGUCUGUAGGGACGACUACAAACCCACACCCAGACAAUAACACACCUUGACUUCAAGAUUUUAUCAUUCAGUGAGUCGAAGCAUCUCACACACAUACUUUAUCUCAAUUCGGUGUUCAUUUACAUUUCAAACCUUCCCAGGCACCUGCUGAGCCAUGUUUGUCAUCAUUACUCUUUGAAAAGGCAGGAAAUUUGUAGGGGUUAUGUUCAAACGCAUGGCAGCACCGUUUCCCUCCCACCCAUCAGCUGGGCUGUGUUUUAAAACGCCCUGAUGGUGAAACCAAACUGAGACGUUGUCUAAUUUCUCUAAAGCUGUGAGUAAAAUUGGCUCGGCUAUAAAGAAGCAACAUUUUUUAUGUGUGUGUGGAGGGAGGGGGGGCACGGUGGAUGUAAGCUGCAGCUGUUAAAGGCUCAUUUCUUGCAACACAAAAGAAAAACAAGAAGGCAGCCAAGAGCCACCGUUGGGAGCCAAGUUACAAGAGACAGAAGAGAUUUAAGAGGGAGAGGAAAAACAAAAGUAAAAUCCUGAGGACAUGCACAAAAAAAAUUAGAAAAAAUUAAUUCCGAUCUAUUGUGCUACAUUGAAAUGUCUUUAACAAUGAAAAUCAAAAUUGUAAGAAGCAGUGUAAGAUGUUAAGGUUUUCUCACAGAAACUCAAACUACUAUCUAAUUCACAGCAAAAUGUUUGUAAAAAAAAAUGCAUCCUUUAACGUCUGACAGUCUAUAAAUGUGUUUUUCAAUGAAUCUUGAACAGACAGUAGAAUGUGUGGGGAUAGAUUUUUUUUUUUAAAUACCAUCUCCAUUAACAUACCAUUUCUCUUCACAGCAUGUAGUUUUAAUAACCCUGCCUACUGCAUCUGCUUUAGCAUCUUUAUCACCAGACUGCAUUUGAUUUUCAUUUGAAAUACAGUUUGCAUUUUCAAAUUAAGGUGGCACAUUGUCAAUUUGAAAAUUCAUAAGCAGAUCUAUUUAAAAUCUGUUCCAUUUUUAACAUGAAUCAUUGCAUUGCAAAUUAUGUAUAAAUUGAGUUUGCCUUUAAAUGUUAAGAUUAGCAAUAGUGACACAUUUUCAAAUAAUGAAAUGACUUAAAGUUUAGCUACUUAAUAGUGGUUCAUAUGAAGUCAUGUCUGAAUAUGCUGAACUGAUUGUCACAAGUGUCACCUUCAGUUCAUCCCUCAGCAAUUAUUGGAGACUAGUUUCUGUUUUUGACACAAAUGACAGUGAUGGUGAUGAAGAUGUAUAAUCAAAUUGUGAUAUGUUUACUUUAGAAGAACCAUUACAAACAUUGAUGCCAGUCAAAAGAAAAUAUUUUAAUGUUAUUUGAAUUACUACACAGCAAAAUAUUUGGAAAAUGCAGAGCAAUUUGUUUAAAAAUGGCUGUUUCAGUUGUACAUAUAAGCAUCAUAUUGACUGUAAAGUAGUGACUAUUUUUUAUAUCACCCUUGCGGAAUCCACUGGCCUUGUAUAAUCUUUUUUUUUUUUUUUUAGACAGCUUUUUCAUGUAGACACAUAAACUCAAUCCAUCUUCAGAGAUGUAGGGUUGUGAAUGAGAAGGAUUCAGUAAAGCUUCAUGUUUAGGUUCCAAAAUAUAAACAACCCCACUCCUGCUGAAGUGCUGGAAUUUAUACCAGUAUCUAUGAAAAUCCACUCAAAGUCUUCAGAUUUACUUCUUAUGGAAUUUCUUCUUCUUCUUGUUCCUCUUGCCAGCUCCCUGAGCCGCUUUCUCUGUCACAAUGUGCUGGUAUUUCUUUUUGUUGUUGCUGGUAAGAGAACAAGAAAACGUAAGUGAUAUGAUUGCAUUUUUUAAAGCUGAUGUAAAAGAUUUGGAAAACAAUCAGCUUUAUUUAGCUAUUGCACCAAGUAUCUUUAUAUUAGAUUAUUUAAAAUAUAUCAAGUAUUUCAGUGGUGACACACACAGUUUCCUGCAACUGCAACUGACACAACUCUGUGUUGGCUACACCCUGUAUACAGAACCCUGUGCAAGGUUAGCAAAAACUGCUGUAUUGUUACGCUGUGUCCUCUGACCUGCCAGAUUCUGUGACGCUGCAUUGCCACAGCAAAAGUUUGCAAUGGUUACAUCCUGUAAAAUUUGUGAUGGUAAAAGAUUUCAAAUAUCUGUCUAAAUACUGUGACAGCAGACACUGGUAUCCAGUAUAGACCUGUCUGUACAUCACUAACAUCACUAACUUAAUCUCUAGUGUCCCAGGGUCUGACAGGUCAACAAUUUCAGUUACUAAUUAAUAAUAUUCAAGGACUGAAAUAACUGAAUAACUGAUUUUAACUAAUUUUAUAUGAUCACCCAGACAUUUACUGUCUUCUUCAAACUCACAUGAUAUCACUGUACAAAUAUAAAGUGUAAAUGUAAGAGCUAUUCCUGCUACUAUAAACACAGAGAUGUGACAUGCAUCCAUCAUGCCACUAUCAUCUGUGUGGCUCUACUCACUGUCUGAACUCAGCAUCAGCCAGCAGCUCCUCCACCAUGGUUCUUUUCCUCUCCUUCUUGGGAAUACGGGAAUGAUAAAAGUCGACUGCACUAUCCACCACUGUACCAACCUG